GUCAAGACGAUGGAGACUUCCUAGACUGUACAGUACUGUACAUUACUAUUUCCAGUUGGACUCGUUUAUGCAUCUUACGUCAAGCUACGAUUAUUUGACAUUUUAUGGAGGUGAAGACCAAGAAACGGCUAACGAACGCAGCAACAGGAAUAUUUUUUCUUCUGGGAGGAAUAGAAUACGCUGUCAUAAUUCCGACUCUUUUCUCCUACAUUGAGAGCCUCGACGGAAACGAAUCGUUUUACGGCCUGACGUAUGCUUCAUUUUCCAUAUCUGGACUCUUUGCAGGUCUGGUGUUUGGUCACGUGACAGACAGGAUGAGAAAAACCAAGUUGUGCAUAGUGGCUGCGAACACUUUCGAGAUUGGAGGAAAUAUUAUGUAUUUUAUAGGAAAAUCGAAGUACAUGUUACUUGGAGGCAGACUGGUGUCUGGAAUUGGAACUGGUGCUGGAGCAUCGAUUUUCGCACAGUUGGCAUGGACAAGUACGGAAAAGGAGCGUACUUCGGUCUUCUCUAUUGCCUUAGCUUUGAGGCAAUUUGGCUUAUUCAUAGGCCCAGGACUGAAUAUUUUUCUAGAGAAAAUUCAUUUCCAAGUUGGUCCAUUUCCGGUAAACAAGUUCUCGGCUCCUGGCAUUUUUAUGGCAACAAUGUGGUGCAUAUUGCAAGUCAUAAUGAUUUUUAUGUAUUUUGAUCUUCCUUCUAUCCAUGAGGUCGGGUCAGCAUAUAACCAUAUGACAAAACAGAAUCAAGAACAAUACAAAAGUGAAUCUGAUGAUUACACCACAACCUCUACUCAAUCAGGCAAAACUGUAGAAAAAGAAAUUUUGAGUGUAAGACGUUCAGUUGCAAGCAUUCAGGCAGUAAGCACCAACGACGAAAACAGCUGUACAAGUGGAGAUACGACGUAUCACAUUCCCAGUGUGGAAACACAUGUCAUCAGAAGAGGAUGGAGCAGAUAUGUUGACGAGUAUAUUCGCGAGGAGAUUGUGUUGCUGCUUGGUUUCCAGUUUAUUCUUUUUUUCAAUCAGUGUACUCUUGAGAGUCUAGUUGUUCCUUUGACUACAAGGAUUCUAGGAUGGAGCUCAAUUGACAAUAGCUUUUUCUUCUGUGGUGCAUCAGUCUUAGCCAUCACCAUAUUUUUUGCUGUUAAAUCUCUGAGUAAAAGACUAGCUGAUCGAUGGAUUAUUGUCAUCGGUCUCCUAUUUGAGACCACAGCCACAUGUUAUCUUACAGUUUUUAUGCCGGUUAUGAAACCACUAGUUGAUAUCACUAAGAAUACAGUGAUAGUAGUGGUUGGUUGUGCGUUGACAAUCAUAGGUUUGCCAUGUUUUAUGGUCGGCUCUGUCUCAUUGCUCUCUAAAUUGACAUCAAUGAAAAUGCAAGGAAUGACUCAGGGUAUUCGUCGAGUAGUCACAGGUUUGGGAACCAUAAUGGGACCCAUGUGGGCGUCAUCGUUUCUAAAAAGGAUGUAUGUGAUGUUUGGUGUGAUGCUGAGUCUGCAAGCACUGUUGAUUGUACUGACGAUCAGCUCAUUUCAGAAAUUGAAAGUUAAGUCUGCAGACAGAGGAACAGAAAGUGAUGAGGAGGCAGCAAAGCCAUUGUUGGCAGACAAUAAUUAGUUUGCACAAUUAAUAUUUGUUAUAUUAAUGUGUUGACUAAAUUGGUAUGACUAUGGGAUUUGUUUAUCACUAUUACUGAAAUCAUUUUAUAUAAAUUGCACAUGUUUCUGGAAGUGAAACUGAAUGGAUGUAAGUUAUAAUUAUACACUCAGAGUUUUCCAUGCUA